AUGACAUGGCCCGAAACCGGUGAAUUCUUCUUGGAACUUCUUGAUGCCAUCCAAGCUACUAUCGUAGCAUCAGAUGCACAAAGGCCGGUUCGGGUUUCUCUAACAAGUGAUCGAGGCCUCUCCGUCCGGGCGGAGAUCCUCAGCCACGAUGUUCGUUCCCACGCCAGUCUUGCUGCAGAAGCUACGAGCUACGACCUGCUCAUACAACUCGGUCAGCAGUUGUCUUGGUUGAGCUCUGCAUUUACAGUCUCGCCGUUCAAAGAGCAACUGGCUUACUCCAGCCCGUACCUCUUUCUAAGAGAGCACGGUGUUUUUGAAAUCACGGUUGGUUAUGAACCGAUUGAUGAUAUCAAGCAGGCAUGCUGGUUACCUUUGUUUAAUCGUGCCUGUCUUGUGGCUGGAUUUCCUAUAGCAGAGAGAGCGGAGGAAAUUGGUCUUGAACUAUCCUUGGAUCUUCUAGCUGGACUCUCAGGCGCUCGACACGUCUUUGAGUACGAGGGAGGCUUAGUGAUGAAAGGUUUCUCACACAUGUUCGUCCCAGUUCGACGGCAACUCGAUCGUGUUCAAUGGCACGCCGUCUCUAGUCCUGAUGAAGAGACACCGCUAUCAUAUCACGACGGUCUUUCACGCUGCGCAUCGCGUGCCACGCUCGACGAGGUUAGUUUGCAGGAUCUUGCAUCACUACGAACCAUCGUUGGAUGGUGCUCGGUAGCAACUACUUGCCUCGGUUCGAGCCACGUAGAUUAUGAAAACAUCGAUUACACCAAGACCAAAGAAGCCGAUUCGGGUCCUAGGUGCACGGGUACAUCUUUCGGCUUCCAGCAGAUUGGUGUGGCCGCUUUGGAUGUUAGGUUCGGCUUAAAAGAUGGAAAGAGUCACUUCCAACGAGCUGGUCCAUAUCAAAGGACUAUCCAACUCGCAGAAGGUAGUCCUAUAGUGCUACACGACGUCGAGGGGAGAAGAUCAUGGCUCGUUCCUGCAACUAACGUCAUGUUGCAUAUAGUUCAGCAUCGCCAUCACUUGAAUCCUUUCCAGGUGAACGGAAAGCCGAUCAAUCUCGAUACAAACGUCGCAGCAGGGUCGUCGGCGGAAGCGGUUUUGUUGAACAAUCGAACUCAAGUCCUGUACGAGGACGAUGGUUAUACUUUUGGGGACGACAUCUUGAACACUUGGUCGAUUUUAGAGCUUCUUCUCGACCAGAACGUCAGUCGUCAACGCGAAGCGCCCGGUAUUCGUAUUCCAACUUCAGUGCAUGAGAAGUUAUAUGGGUUUGAGUUCAAAUCUGUAGUUAACCCGGAUGGGGUUUUCAAGCUCAAGAAAACGACCAUUAGUAGAGAUCACGGCGGAUGGUCUAAGCUUAUCGAAGAGAUUGACGCCUUGGUUCUAUUCGCUAAUGGUUUUGGGGAUGUCAUCCUACCAGCAGAUGGUUCUUGCGACGUUUUAUGUCACAAGUGGAGAAGGGUACCAGAUGGGCAAGACUAUCUGACUACAACCACGGAUGUGCUGCGAACCCUAUUUGAUAAGGCAGGCAGUCGAGUGGAUCGGAAAUACCUUACUACCAAAAGUAAGCUUCGAUGGCAUCAGGGAAGCUCCGCGUUGUUCAACGAAUGCCAAAAUGUAAGUCUUUGCGAUUGCACACGCUUACAGCAGCUCGUCCCAGAAUCAGCAUUUGAGGGUGCUCAACCUCCGGCCUUUAUAGCUGAUGAAGGAGCUGUGAUCUUUGGACAUCUUGAGCCUCGUCCAGCGCCUCCGCGUCCUACAGUACCCAAGAUUUCUGGUAGCUUAUACAGCCAGCCGAAUGUUCCGAUCCUGCCACGCGUUGUUCGUCGGCGCAGCAGUACGAACGACGAACGCAAGGGAAAGACCAGACGGCUGGAUAUCGAGGCUGAAGAGUUGAACUGUGAGCAUAACCAAUGGCCGCAAGCUACGUCAUGA